CUCUUGGUCACUAUGGUCAGUUUCGUAUUCAUCUUUCCUUGAAAUAAUUCUCAUCUUCAAAGCAAAGAAGUUAUUCUCUCUUUUUUUCCAAGGCAUAAUAAACCCAUACCUCUGUAAUCCUAUAUCUUCGAAAUUAGAGAAGGGUUUUUGUUGAAGGGAUCAGUUAUAAAUGGCGGGUGAUAUUGAUGAAGAACCCUUUAGGCUUAAUUUCAAGUUGGAUGCUCUAAACUCUGGCUCUGUUUCAUUCGGGCGGUUUGAGAACGAAGGUCUGAGUUGGGAGCGGAGGUCAUCGUUUCCUCGCAACAGAUAUCUUGAAGAGGUUGAGAAAUAUUCUAAACCGGGUUCAGUAACUGAGAAGAAGGCGAUACUUGAGGCUCAUUUUAGAAAGAGGGCUCUUCUAAGCCGGAGUUCAUCUGAGUGCCAGGCUAGUGAAAAUAAUGGCUCGCAGAAUACAGGGUACGAGGGGGACUUUGAGAUUGUUAACGAGGGUAGUCAGUCUGCAUCCUUUGGUGAAAGCACGGGCUAUGAUGGGGACUUCGAGCAUUUCAACGGGGGUGGUUAUUCUGUGGACUUUAGCAACGGUCCUUAUGGAUCAUCAAUUGGCGGGGAGCAUGAGCUGUCGGGCCGUGAAGGUGAAGAUGGUGGGAUUUGGUUUUCUGAACCUGCUUCUGGUAUUGCAAAUACUGUGAUUGUCAUUUCAGAAUAUUUCGACAAAGAAGCAACUUGUUGUCCGGUUAUUGGAACGGUUGCUCGUGAAUGUGGAACUCACGUGAACGAGGCACCUCUUGGUGAAGGUCGCAGUACAGAUGUGACACCAAAUAUUCCCGAGACCUCUGAUCUUCAUACAGUUGAUACAGACGGGAACCUUAGUUCAGUGCCUCAACCGAGUCCUUCUCCUAAGAUUAGGUCUGCAUCAGAAACCAAACAUUUGAAACCCGGAUCAGUGUACCAAGUUAAUGGUGCAAAGGCAAAUUCGGUUAUCUCGAGAGCAGGUUCCAAUUCUAAAGACAAUUUCAGAAAACCUACUAGAAGGGAAAGUGAAAGACCCAAAAGAGAAAAGCUCUCUUUGGAAUCUAUUACUGCUUCCACUUCUCAUUCAAUGUCGAGAACGUUAAAACACGAGGUUUCCACAGUGGACUCUGCAGCUACUUCCACUUCUCACUCAACGUCCAGAAUACCAAAACACAAGGCCCCGUAUGGUUCUAGAGAUAAAGUUCUCAAUGAUUUGAAAAGAAACGAAUCAAGAACAAGAGAGAAGGUUGCCCCUAGUGUGCAUCAAAAUGCAAACAGGCAUAAGCAAGCUUUAAGUUCAACUAAGCCCGGCAUGAAACAAAGCGGUUCUGGAUUCAAUUUCAAAAGUGAAGAACGUGCAGAGAGGAGAAAAGAGUUCGCAAUGAAGCUCGAGGAGAAAAUGAAUGCUAAGGAGGCUGAGAUUCUACAAAUUCAAUCCAGAAGACAGAAGAAGACAGAAGUAGAGACAAGGCAAUUGAGAAGAAACCUCAAUUUUAAAGCAAGUCCCCUGCCUUCCUUUUACCAUGAAGCUAGGCCACUGUCAGAUAAAUUUAAGACACCUGCAAGUAAAUCCACACCGAGGAAGCCACAGCACUACCCGCGUUCAUCUCCAAGGACGGUAGCUGCAGAAAGUGCCCCGUCUUGUUCAUGGACAAGCGGACUGGCGAAAGCCAAUUCAAUGCAAACCUCUACGACGACCAAGUUUAGGCCUACGGUGUCCUCAGAUAGCAGUGUCACGUCUGCACUUCCAACGACCAGUAAUACUCGCCCUGCUCACACCCGAGCAGAUAGCCGAGGAACGAGGAAGAGCAACCAAGAAAAGAAACAGCUCACGAGUUCGCUGAAACGAAGAGGAUUGGGAGUAAACGAGGUGAACAAAGGCCACAAGGUUGAGGUAAAGCCAAAAGCCAAUGCUGGGAGAAAUGGCAGAACUGAUCUGAGAAACAAUGUGCGGGGGGGCGUCCACUCGGGCUGUAGCUCGCAAAUAACCCGCGUUGCAGUUGGUGUUUCUUCAUGAAAUGCGCGAGUUUCCACGCUGUUCUCAUGUCAGACAGAUCCUAUAUAUAUAUGUAUGCCUCUCCCUUUUCUUGUCAGCACAAAAUAGCUGUAUAUUUUAUGAUGUUGCUUUGAUGGAUUGGCACUUCCAGCAGAUAUGGAUCAUGUAAUUACAUAUAUAGUUUCAUAGAAAAAAAAAUGUUAUCAGCAUUUUUUUGCAAUUUCAAGAGUGUUCUCCUAGUCUGUUUCCAGGACAACCUCAGUUAAGUUGGUGGGCUAUUGGCUUGGUAACUAGGAGUAUAAAGUUCUAAGUUUGACUCUUA